AGAGGAAACCCAGUGUUCUCAGUUUCUGCCUGGUGAGUGACAGCCCAUCAGAGUAAGAGCAUGCAGAGCGGAUGUGGUACUGGGUUUCUGUUAAAGAGCGGAAACAAAGCACAAAUAUUUUCACGUUCAGUCUUUCCCUGACACCAGAGCCACGAUGAGGAGGAGAGGAAGAGACUCCUGAGGUAGUAGCUUUCCAUUUCCAGAUCUGGUCAUGUAUCAGGGACAGUUGUGGUGGGGAAUUCUCUCCGUGCUCCCCCUAGGGAUCCUCGUGACGCUCUGUGCAAGGUGCAGACGAACCAGGGGUCGCACUGUGAUCCGAGAGGAGACUAGGAGGAAAGGGCGCAGCGUUCACGGGAAUGAAGAUAAGAAACAAUUUGAAGUGGUCAGAUCAUACACAGUGACAAGACAGGAUCACGGACCGAGGCCGCCAGCACCACUGCCAGAGACUACGACUAUCUCAACUAUUUCGGAAUUCACCGUUCAUCCCGGAGUAGAUAUUUCACCAAACUACGAGAACAUACUAAUUGGAAAUGAACUCGAUCUGGAAGAGACCUAUGUGAAUCCCAUCGCCUCAGAUUAUGGUUUCCCUCAGAAAUGUUUUCAUCCUUCAGAUGAGGAUGCAAAUGAUUAUGAAAACCUGUCAGAGAGCCGGACAUCAUUGGCAAACUACGGAAAUGCCGUUUACAUCGAGCGAUGGAAACAUCCCCCGGAUGACAAAGACUUGUGCAACACAAAACCUCAGUCACAGAUUCAUGGCAGCUCUUUAGCCAAGGCGGAUGGUGACGAGGAUGAUGAUGAUGACGACGAGCCUGACUACGUCAACACUGUUCCUUGCUAGCACAGCUAUAGAAAUUUCAAUGGAAUCUGAAACAGACUUCACUCAGCCACACACUGUGAAGGAAGAGUAAAUGCUCCGGGAGACUGCGGACUAUCAACAAAAGAUAAUCUGCUAGCUUUUGGAGAAUCUCUUCAUUUUUCUCCCAGCACAAGGCAUUUUACACGUAGCUUCGAUGGUCAAUUUGUUGGUUUGAGUAAGUGAACCUGCAAAGCUCCCCCCUCCAACCGGCCAGGACAAGGGAGCUAUUGCAAGGGAGACAUUGUUCAGCUAUUGCACCACAAUGAAAGAUUCAUGAUGCAUCUUGGCAACUUCAACACACUCAUUGAGCUUUGAAAACUCCAUGUUCAGAUAAAUUGUUCAAACAAUGACCAGCAGAAACACACAAUUAGUGCCAACCCCACAGCUAUACUAGCCCCUAAUGAUUCAGCUUCAACCGGGUCAAUGUAUUUGGUACAGGUGGAGUCCUGUAGCUCAGUGGUUAGAGCACUCGCUUUGCAAGU